CCCACGAUAGUCGCCCACGAUAGUUGCCCACAAUAGUCGCCGACUGUUUACUAGCAGCAGGAAGACGAAGAAGAAGAAGAAGACGACGAAGACGAAGAAGAAGGAGAAGAAGAAGAAAGGACAUAUCCCCCCCCCUCCUUUGAAGCAGAUUAGCGCGGUGUAUUGGGCCAGUGAGCAGACGGAGGAUCGAUGACGACACACGCACACUCUUCAUCCUGUUCGCCAGACGGAGGGAAGAAGAAGAAGGUGUGACCUCAUGCCGGGCAUCAACUCCUCCACGGCGCCUGGCUAUGACACCUGGGACAUGGAGCACCUGGACUACUACCAGCAUUAUUUCUAUGACGACCACAACCCCGAUGAGGAUUUCUUCAAGUCCACGGCGCCCAGCGAGGACAUAUGGAAGAAAUUUGAGCUGGUGCCGACCCCGCCCAUGUCCCUCGUGCGGGCGCCGGAAGGGUCGGGCAGGUCGGUGUGUCCGAGUCUCGGGGACAAACUGGAGUGGGUGUCCCAGUUCCUGGGGCAGGAGGACCAGCAGCAGCAGGACCUGCCUUGCAAAGUGGGCCCGGCCAGCGACUCCACGGGGAACCUGAGCUCCAUCAUCAUCCAGGACUGCAUGUGGAGCUGCUUCUCUGCCGGCCAGCAGCUGGAGAGGGUGGUGGGGGAGCGCUGCCUCUCCUGCCCCGUCAGGGUUGGACCCGCCGGGGUGUCCCCGGGUAGGACGCAGGGUGUGCCCGCCGUGGUGUCUCCAGGUAGGACGCAGGGUGUGCCCGCCGUGGUGUCUCCAGGUAGGACCCAGGGUGUGCCCGCCGACACGCCCGCUCUUGGCUGCGUUGCAGCGGAUUGUGUGGACCCGACCGCCGUGCUCGCCUUCCCUCCCGCUACCUGCAAGAAGCAAGUGUCCUCCGGGUCGGAGUCUCACACCGACUCCUCAGAUGACGAGGAUGACCAAGACGAGGAUGAAGAGGAGAUCGACGUGGUGACGGUGGAGCACAAGCAGCAACAGCACAAAGCUCGCCAACUGGUCAACGACCGCAAACCGGUGACCAUCACGGUGAGAGCGGACCCCCUGGACCCCGGCAUGAAGCGUUUCCACAUCUCCAUCCAUCAACAGCAGCACAACUACGCCGCCCCCUCCCCCGACACCCUCCCGCCGUCCGUGGAGCCGCCCCACAAACGGGUCCGCCAGGAGGCCUCCAGCCCCGCGCUCCACCAUCAGGGCCAGAACUGCAACCAGCCUCAGCCCUCCAAUUUGGACAGCCGGCGGUCUUACGCGACAGAAGCGCCCGCCCUCGACGCCGCCUCUCCUACCUCCCCCGCCUCGCCGUGCUCGCCCCACUCCAGACCCGACCACCUGUCCAGCCCUCAGUCGUCCGACUGCGAGGACACGGACCGACGCAAGGCGCACAACUUCCUGGAGCGCAAGCGACGCAAUGACCUGCGCUCACGCUUCCUGUCGCUGCGGGACGAGAUCCCCGGCUUGGCGGACUGCCCCAAGACGCCCAAGGUGGCCAUCUUGACGCGGGCCACAGAGUACCUGCAGCGGCUGCACGCCAGCGAGAGGCAGAAGAGCCAGGAGAGGAAGCAGCUGAAGGCCAAGCAGGCGCAGCUGCUGCAGAGGCUGGCACAGCUCAAACGCUUCUGACCUGACCUGGACUGAAGGAAGGACCCUAUUGGAUCACCUGGACUGAAGGAAGGACCCUAUUGGAUCACCUGGACUGAAGGAAGGACCCUACUGAAGGAAGGACCCUAUUGGAUCACCUGGACUGAAGGAAGGACCCUAUUGGAUCACCUGGACUGAAGGAAGGACCCUAUUGGAUCACCUGGACUGAAGGAAGGACCCUAUUGGAUCACCUGGACUGAAGGAAGGACCCUAUUGGAUCACCUGGACUGAAGGAAGGACCCUAUUGGAUCACCUGGACUGAAGGAAGGACCCUAUUGGAUCACCUGGACUGAAGGAAGGACCGCAUUGGAUCACCUGGACUGAAGGAAGGACCGCAUUGCAUCACCUGGACUGAAGGAAGGACUGCAUUGGAUCACAUGGACUGCAGGAAGGACCCUAUUGGAUCACCUGGACUGAAGGAAGGACCCUACUGAAGGAAGGGCCCUAUUGGAUCACCUGGACUGAAGGAAGGACCCUAUUGGAUCACCUGGACUGAAGCAAGGAUCGCAUUUGAUCACCUGGACUGAAGGAAGGACCACAUUGGAACACGUGGACUGAAGGAAGGACCGUUUUGGUUUACCUGGACUGUUUUUUUGUGGUUUGCACAUUCUUGGCUUGUGAGUGGGCCGUCUGCACAGCAAGUUUUGGACAAGGUGGUCCUUGGUCAUCAAUAGAAGUUUAGUCUUCAUGGAAAGUUGCUGAUCCAGUGUUGCAUGCUGGGACUCGGUGUGAUGUCUGCUCUUGUCAGACGGAAAGAGUCAACUUUAUGUUUUGUGCCAUUUUCUCCAAUCCUUUGCUGCUCGGUUGAAGUGCGACUUAUUUAUUAGUUUGAUUGCAGAACCAACCUGAAUUGUAGCAAGACCAUGUGAGCUCCCGGUCUGGUACUUUUUCUUUUUGAUUGUGCCAUAGAGAAGUUGAAUGUGGCCUUCAGUAUAUCAAACUGGAAUGAUUGUGCCAUAGAGAAGUUGAAUGUGGUCUUCAGUAUAUCAAAGGGGAAUGAUUGUGCCAUAGAGAAGUUGAAUGUGGUCUUCAGUUUAUCAAACUGGAAUGAUUGUGCCAUAGAGAAGUUGAAUGUGGUCUUCAGUUUAUCAAACUGGAAUGAUUGUGCCAUAGAGAAGUUGAAUGUGGUCUUCAGUAGAUCAAACUGGAAUGAUUGUGCCAUAGAGAAGUUGAAUGUGGUCUUCAGUAUAUCAAAGGGGAAUGAUUGUGCCAUAGAGAAGUUGAAUGUGGUCUUCAGUAUAUCAAACUGGAAUGAUUGUGCCAUAGAGAAGUUGAAUGUGGUCUUCAGUAUAUCAAACUGGAAUGAUUGUGCCAUAGAGAAGUUGAAUGUGGUCUUCAGUAGAUCAGGCUGGAGAAUGUCUGACCUGGCAAGUGUUGGAAGAGAAUAUUAUAUUUCUAAAAGUGUACAUAGUUCCUGUGUGUACAGUCCCUUCCCAAACAAAAGCAGAGUUGUUUUUCUUCUUCAGCCUCGCGUCUUAAAGCUUGCUGGCUUUUCCAGAGAUACUCAAAAAGCUUCUAUUUUUGUUCAUGAAAGACUGAGUGAAUAUUGAUAAGGUGGGACACUUUGGCUCACAUUUUUCAGCCACGCCUCCUUCUUUGUCUUUUCUGUAUAUUGGCCUUUUUUUUGUUGUGAAAGUCACUUGACAAAAGUUUGAUACUAUAUUUUCCUAGCGAGCUGUGUUGUGAGGAUGGAUGUUGUUGUGUUCAAACAGCUGCUGGUUGUGUUGUGAGGAUAAAUGUUGUUGUGUUCAAACAGCUGCUGGUUGUGUUGUGAGGAUGGAUGUUGUUGUGUUCAAACAGCUGCUGGUUGUGUGUUGUGAGGAUGGAUGUUGUUGUGUUCAAACAGCUGCUGGUUGUGUGCUGAUCUGAGGAUGGAUGUUGUUGUGUUCAAACAGCUGCUGGUUGUGUGCUGAGGUGAGGAUGGAUGUUGUUGUUUAUGCCAGCUUGGUGCUCCAUGUGGUCCAGAAGCCAUAAAACAAACACUCCUCACUUUUCUACUGCAGAGCAGUCCAAAUAGUUGCCAGCAGCACUCAGGAAUAGUUAGUUUUUCUUCUGGGCUUGUAACAAGCUGAGGAGAUGAGAUCAGAGGCUUGAUGAUCAAUGUUCUUACUUUUCCACAUCCCUGCUCAUGACUUCAGCACAACCCACCAGUUGCCUUCAUUUUCAUUCCUCAGAAGGCCCCCGUUCUUUUGUCCUUUCAUUUUUCAGAUGUGGACUUUGCAUCCACCUUUGCACUUCUUGUUUGGAGCCUUGCAUCCACACUUUGCUUUUCUCUGUACCUCAUAAUUAUAUUAUGUAUGAAGACUCUGAAUAAAUGGAAAUUGUUUGA